AUGAAAGAAAUUAUUAAUGAUGUGAGUGUUGUAAACAACACACCAACUUCAAAAAAGAAGAAAAAGAAUAAAAAAAAGAAUAAUAUUAAUAAUAAUACGAUGAUUGAUUCAAAUAAUAUAAAUUGUAACAUAAACGAAAUUAAAAAUGAAAAUAUAGAUAAUAACAAUAAUAGUAGUAGUAGUAAUCAUAGCAACAACAAUAAUAAUGAUAAUAAUAAUAAAAGUAUAGAAGAAAAAGAAAAAUCUAAUAAAAAGAAUGAAGAAAUUGCUAUUGUAACAUUAAAAUCAGAUGUUUCAGAUCUAAUUGGUUCAUGGUUAUCAACUUCAAACUAUCUAAAAGACUACAAUGAAGAUAAUAGCAAUGAGAAACUAGAUAAAUACCUUCAAAUCGAUACUCCUUCUACGAAUCAAUUGAUCAAUCCUCUGUUAAAACAAAGUUAUUCACCAUUUGAUAUAUUAGAUAAAAAAGAUAAAUCAUCAAAAACAAAUAGCAACAACAAAAACAGUAAUAAUAAGAAAUCAGAAUCAUCAGAUGAUAAAAAGAAUCAAACACCAGACUCUCUUACAAAGAAUAAACUUGAUACUAUGUUAAGUGUCGAUCAGAAGAAACAAUCGGUCACCAACUAUCAUAAGAAUUUCAAGAGUGUAACAUCGGCAAUCAACGGAUCAUCAAACAUCUCAACACCACAACGAUAUCAACCAUAUACUAAAUCUUCACAACAAGAUGUCGAGAGUAGGAAUUCUGUUUCACACAAAGGUUCAAGAGGUAGCAGUAGUCUAAACAAUAACAACAACAAUAACUCUAAUCAACAAAAGAAAGCAAAAUGGGGAUCAGCUUUCUCUUAA